AAGUCCCACCCCCUCCGCCGCUGGAACACUUGUACAGAGAAAGUCAUCAUGUCGGCUGUAGCGCGCGCGGGCUCGUUAUCGCCCUACUUCCAGGCCACGAACUUCGCCGUUACCGGGCCGCUUAAGGCGCUCGCGCCGGGCCUGGCGGUGAAGAGCGAUAAGGUCGCGCUGGAUGUGAAGAGGAAGUUCCUGUGCCGCGAGUCCCUGAGCGGGCAGAGCCCCAGGACAGGCCCCGCAGUGUCCGCCUGCCUCAGCGCGAGUGCCAGCGUGCGUUUCGCUCACACGGACAUCCGGAUCCCCGAUUUCUCGGAUUAUCGCCGUCCCGAGGUGAUGGACCCGGCGAAGUCGUCUCAGGACAGCAGCGACGCGAGGCGAACCUUCUCCUACCUGGUCACAGGAACAUCCGCCGUCGUGGGCGUGUACGCCGCCAAAACCGCCGUCACGCAGUUCGUCUCGUCCAUGAGCGCCUCGGCCGACGUCCUGGCCCUGUCCAAAAUCGAGAUCAAGCUGUCAGACAUCCCCGAGGGCAAGAACAUGACGUUCAAGUGGAGAGGGAAGCCGCUGUUCGUGCGUCACCGCACCGAGAAGGAGAUCGCCACCGAGGCGGACGUGGACCUGUCUCAGCUGCGUGACCCUCAGCACGACCGCGACCGCGUCCAGAAGCCCUCCUGGGUCAUCGUCAUCGGGGUGUGCACUCACCUGGGCUGCGUCCCCAUCGCCAACGCGGGCGAGUACGGCGGGUACUACUGCCCCUGUCACGGGUCGCACUACGACGCAUCGGGCCGCAUCAGAAAGGGGCCGGCGCCGCUCAACCUCGAGGUCCCUUAUUACGAGUUCCCUGACGAGGACACCGUGGUGGUGGGGUGAAUACAGCCCCUGUAUAUAUGUGUGUGUGUGUGUGUGUGUGUGUGUGUGUUACACUUGCUGCUGUAAGUAAUAAACCUACGUUUUAUUUCACACACAGACUCUUUAUGCUGGUUUUUCUUUAAUGUUAACUGUAAUUGAAACUCCAGUGCUCUCUCUCUCACACACACACACACACACACACACACAGACACAAGCGUCUAUAUUUCUUCUGUUCCUGUGUAAAAAUAAUAAAAUGUAAAUAACAUAUUA